AUGAGUAAAACUAAUGAAACAUUUACUGAUCGUUGGCCAUCAACAAUAAAUCCGAAAAUUUUAACAUUUUUAAAAAGUAAAGAUUUCAAUAAAAUGACUCCAGUUCAGGCUAUAACAAUACCACUUUUUCUUCAACAUAAAGAUGUUUGUGUUGAAGCUAUUACUGGUAGUGGAAAAACUCUUGCAUUUAUUGUACCAAUUCUUGAAACGCUUUUGAAAAAAUAUACAAGUGAAACUCGUUUUGAUAAAUAUAAUGUUCAUUCAUUAAUUAUUUCACCAACACGUGAAUUAGCUCAACAAACAUACGAUAUAGCAAAUGAAUUUAUUCAAUUUUUUGAUGAUCAAGAACGUUUCUCAUGUAUUACAUUUAUUGGUGGUACUAAACAUGAUUAUGAUAUAAAACAAUUUCAAAAUCAUGGUGGAACUAUUAUUAUAGCAACACCAGGUCGUAUUGAAGAAUUAUUGAAAAUAAAAACAGAUUCAUUUAAUCUUGUCGCAAAUCUUAAAAGUCUUGAAAUGCUUAUCUUAGAUGAAGCUGAUCGUUUAUUAGAUUUGGGAUUUUUAACAAGUAUAAAUAUGAUAUUAGAAGCUCUUCCUAAACAACGACGAACUGGUUUAUUUUCUGCAACUCAAACUGAUGAAUUAGAGAAAUUAAUUCGAGCUGGUCUUCGAAAUCCUGUACGAAUAACUGUUAAACAAACUGGUUCUGCUGCCGAUCAACGUACUCCAUCAACAUUAAAAAAUUUCUACAUGAUUUGUGAACCAAAUGAAAAAUUAAAUCAAUUAAUUCAUUUUAUAAAUGAAAAUCGUCCAGCUAAAAUAAUGAUUUUUCUUUCGACUUGUGCUUGUGUACAAUAUUUUACAAGUGUACUUAAACAUAUAUUUAGUUCAUCAAAAUCAACCGCAAUUUAUGCUAUGCAUCGAAAAUUACGAAAUAAACGUACAGCUGUUAUUGAACAAUUUCGUUCUGAAACAUCAACAGCUACAACAAGUAUAUUAUUAUGUACAGAUAUUGUCGCACGUGGUAUUGAUUUACCUGAUGUUGAUUGGGUUAUUCAAUAUGAUCCACCAACAACAGUUGUUCAAUUUGUUCAUCGUUGUGGUCGAACAGCUCGUCUUGGAAGACUUGGAAAUGCAUUAUUAAUGCUUUUACCAAAUGAAGCUGCUUAUGUUAAUUUUCUUCUUAAUAGUCAAAAGGUACCAUUAGUUGAAAUGAUGCCAGCAGAUAUAAAUACGAUUGAAAAUGUUAUACCAAGUGUCCGACAAUUCUCAAUGAAUGAUAAAGGUGUUUAUGAUCGAUCUAAACAAGCAUUUUGUUCUUUUGUUCAAGCAUAUGCUAAACAUGAAUGUUCACUUCUUUUACGUGUCAAAGAACUUGAUUUAUGUGGAGUAGCGGAAGGUGCAUUUGCACUUGUUACUUUACCAAGAAUGCCUGAAUUAAAAAAUCGUGAUAUAUCAAAUUUUAAUGAAAAUAAAAUGAUUAAUCCAAAUUCAAUUCCAUAUAAAGAUAAAAGUUUAGCAAAAAAACGACAAAUGGAAAAAGAUGAUCCGCUUAAAAAACUUAAUAAACGUAUCAAAACAGUUGCAUUUUCAGAACAAAAAGAAAAAAAUCUUAAGAAACGUUUGAAACGUUUACGUCGUGAACAAGUAGAAAAUGAACGAAUACUUGGAGCUGAAGCUGAACGUGCUGAAAAUGAUAAACAUAUUGAAGAUAUUGGAAAAGAAUAUAGUAAAUUAAAACGAACAAGAAGAUUACUAAGAUUCAAUAAAUUACAAAAAACUAAAAAGAAGAAAAAUGAACUUGAACUAAGUGAUGAUGAAAAGUUAUCUGACAUGGAAUAA